CGGCGGCCGGGGCGAUGCCUGCGCGCAGCCGCCACCGCCCCCGCCUCCACUCCGGCUCCCCGCCCCGAGCUCCGCCCCCGCCGCUUGGGGCACUUCACUCUGGCGAGGCGGGGAGGGCCCCGGACUCCGACGGCGGCUCGGACGCCGACUCGGAGGUGGGUCCGGGGAACCCGACUCGGACCGCGGAGGUGAGCGGGAGCUGAGGCUGAGGAGAGGGGAGCUUGGGGGGCGCCUGCUGCCAAGGGCAGUGGAGGAGGAAAUGGCAGGUCCUAAUCAACUCUGCAUUCGCCGCUGGACUACCAAGCAUGUAGCUGUGUGGCUGAAGGAUGAAGGCUUUUUUGAAUAUGUGGACGUUUUAUGCAAUAAGCACCGACUUGAUGGAAUCACAUUGCUAACAUUGACUGAAUAUGAUCUGCGGUCUCCUCCUCUGGAAAUCAAAGUCUUAGGGGACAUUAAAAGGUUAAUGCUCUCGGUCCGAAAAUUGCAGAAGAUACAUAUUGAUGUUUUGGAAGAGAUGGGCUACAACAGUGACAGUCCCAUGGGUUCCAUGACCCCUUUCAUCAGUGCUCUUCAGAGUACAGACUGGCUCUGUAAUGGAGAGCUUUCCCAUGACUGUGACGGACCCAUCACUGACUUGAAUUCUGAUCAGUAUCAGUACAUGAAUGGUAAAAACAAACAUUCUGUUCGAAGAUUGGACCCAGAGUACUGGAAGACUAUACUGAGUUGUAUAUAUGUUUUUAUAGUAUUUGGAUUUACAUCUUUCAUUAUGGUUAUAGUCCAUGAGCGAGUACCUGACAUGCAGACCUAUCCACCACUCCCAGAUAUAUUCUUAGACAGCGUUCCUAGAAUCCCAUGGGCCUUUGCCAUGACGGAAGUAUGUGGCAUGAUUCUGUGCUAUAUUUGGCUCCUGGUUCUUCUUCUUCACAAGCACAGGUCAAUACUUCUGCGAAGGCUCUGUAGUCUGAUGGGAACUGUAUUCUUGCUUCGCUGCUUUACCAUGUUUGUGACCUCCCUCUCCGUGCCAGGACAACACUUGCAGUGUACUGGAAAGAUAUACGGCAGUGUAUGGGAGAAAUUACAUAGGGCCUUUGCCAUUUGGAGUGGCUUUGGUAUGACCCUGACUGGCGUUCACACAUGUGGAGAUUACAUGUUCAGUGGCCACACAGUCGUCCUAACUAUGCUGAAUUUCUUUGUCACCGAAUAUACACCAAGAAGCUGGAAUUUCUUGCACACUUUAUCCUGGGUUCUCAACCUCUUUGGAAUCUUCUUCAUCUUGGCUGCCCAUGAACAUUAUUCCAUUGAUGUGUUUAUUGCUUUUUAUAUAACAACAAGACUCUUUUUGUACUACCAUACUCUGGCCAAUACCAGAGCAUAUCAGCAGAGUAGGAGAGCAAGGAUUUGGUUUCCCAUGUUCUCUUUUUUUGAAUGCAAUGUUAAUGGCACAGUACCUAAUGAAUAUUGUUGGCCAUUUUCAAAACCAGCAAUAAUGAAAAGACUAAUUGGAUAAGACUAUCUUUAUAAUGAGUUUGUGAUUAAAUAUGUAAUAGUUGUUGAAAAUUGAGUAACUUUGCGUUCUCCCCCUAGGUUGUUCCUAGAUGCCUGGCUUAUAUGUUGAUGAACUAAAGUUUCCUGUUCUGAGCAAAGUUAUCAUUAUACAAACCAAGAAAUUACAAUCGAGAGUCCUUAUGUAGCUUUUUGAACAGAAAGCUUAAGUAGAUGUUUUCUGCCCCUUCACUUUAGGAAGACAAUGUUGUGAUUGAAGUCAGGCUGUUACCUUUACCUGUAGAGCAUUUGCUUAUUGAACUUAAACAAGUCAACUCAGCAGUUUGCUGGUUGAGAGAUUUUCAUUUUCAGUAGAGCUCUAGUCAAGACAUAAUAUAUUUUGAAGCUCUUCAUUAUCUUUAAAAGAAGAAGCCCUACCAAAUCAUCAGUACUUGUUCUUUGGACUAAUCUCUCUGUCAGUUUAAAAAAUGCAACCCUGGGACAUGAUCUGUUUUACUGCAAACAGUUUCGCCUUCUGAACCAUCUCUAAGUAUACUGAGCAUACCAGGAUGCCUGAAAUAAGAAGAGAAUGAUAGAGGCCAUUUAUGAUAUGACCCAGUACUGACCAGGAUGCCAUUGGCCUCCUCAUUAAUGCAAAUGUAGGGCUGGCAUUUUUCACCAAAGAUGCAACAAAAGAUGCAGUUCUGAGUGUUCAGUAUGACCACCAGUAAGUAUUCAUGAGGGGAAAAUGGCUGCAUCCAUAAAAAUAAAUGAAUUUAAUAUUAGUGGUAAAGGUACCUGGAAUAACUUUGUGCUAUAGUUGUUAGAUGACAGUCCAAUUUUAUGCUUUUUUAAUGAUGUUACUUAAUGAGCCAAAUAGGAGUGUUUUGCAGAUGUUAAAUAAAGUUCUUAUGUCGUUAAGUAGGGAAGUAUGCAUGCAAAGAAUUGUUUUCUCCUGAAAAGAAACUUAUAGCAAGCAUAAUAUCACUUUUUGGUUUUUGAAAUUCCUCCUUCUUGGCCGUUGGAAGUAAGUAGUCUCAGACAUACUUGGAUAUGAAAAAGCUUUGUUGUUUUUUACUUUAUAAUGGUGUAUAUACAUUCUUUCUAUUUAGUCUUAAUUUGGCAGUCAGGAAGUGAUAUAACUUAGCUGCUAUUUGCAACACUAGAAACUUAGUACUUUAAGUCAUUUCACCUCUGUGAUAACAUUUGUUAUUUUUAUGAUUUAUGCAAUAGUUAUGACAGUAGGAUGGUUAUGGAAUUGGAAUUUCAACUCCAACUAAUGAGCUUAGCUGCUUGGAAUAUUAAUUAUGUAGUUUUUACAUUCCAUUUUAAUACAAAGACUUAGAAAAGGUGCUGGCAUUCUGAGGCCUAACAUUAGGCUGCAUAGCAGAAGCUUGCUCCUUCUUUAUCUGGGUGAAAUUUUUUUUUUUUUUUUUUUUGCACUUUGAGUCAUAUUCCCACCCCUGUAUAAGCUAUAUAGGAGCCUGAAUGAAUUGGGUAGGAAGGGAAAUUAUG